AUGGCAUCCAUCACAAAUGGAUACGGAUUAUUGCGAACUCCUGCUUUGUAUGUAAUUGCGAAACGAUUUCGUGGUAAAAUAAAUAUACAAAAACCUCGGAAACCUCAUUUCGAAAGGCAGCUUUUGAUAGACUUAUCUAAACCAGUUUAUGGACCACCUAAAUACAAAUUACCUGAAAUUGUACUUUGUACUAAAUCACGAGACAAACGAAAAAUUGAAAUAGAUAAUCCAUUUGAAAGAAUUUUAGCGAAAGAAUGUCUGGAUUGGUUUAAUACUUCAAAGAUGGUGGUUUUCUUACAUGUAAAUUCCAUAAGUAUGGAGGACAAAACACCAAUUUUUGCUGCUUUGAGGAAAAAUAAUAUGCAUUUGAGAACAUAUGGCAAAAAAAUCGUUAGCAUGGCUACCAAAGGAACACGCUAUGAAGCUGUCAAUUGUCUUUUUACUUCUCAUCAGAAUAUUAUUUUUGGCCAACCAGAAAAUGCCGAUAAGAUGUUCAAAAUUCUAAAAAAAGCUCCACAACUUGUUGUAAUGGCGGGCAUAAUUCAAGACCAACUUAUGUCUAAGAAUGAGUUGUUAGAUUUCAGCAAGCUGCCAAGUUUAGAUGUAGCAAGAAGUCAACUCUGUGGUGUUCUCCAAAGUGCUGCUUCUUGUCUUGUUGGGCAACUCAAUCAAAGUCAGCAGACACUUGUGUCACAUCUUGAAAAACAUUUAGAAAUCCAAAAAGGAGAAAAGAAAGAAUCAUAG